UACUGCGUUAUCUUAAAAGAAAAAUGAAGCAAACGCACUACACAACGACAGCAAAACUAGCCCUUUACGGUCGGCCGGAGAGGCAGAGCACGUCCUCGUCGGAAGGGGGAUGUCGUCGUCCGCCACCGCGUUCCACCUGACGGCGCCACUCACAUCGGCCACAGGCGGCAGGCGAAGCCGAAGGGCGGCGGUGGGGGGCGUGAGGUGUGGACUUGCGGACCUGAUCGGGGGCGACCUGGUCCGCCCCGACCUGGGCCGGUGGCUGCAAGACGUUGAGAAGCACAAGGCCCUGGCCGUGUACUCGCCGCACGAGGGCGGGUACGAGGGCCGCUACCUCAACCGCCUCCGCUACCAGGGCUACCGCUUCCUCGACCUCACCGCCCGCGGCCUCGGCGAUCCCGAGUCCACCCUCACCAAGAUCCACCCCGUUUGCCCCCCUCAUCUGGGGAAGCAACCCAUAGCAAGAUGGUACUUCCCACCUGAAGUGGACUACAGGCUCUCCUUAUUGCCUCCUGAUGCCAAAGGCCUUGUUCUCUGGGUCAUAGAAGCCAAGGUUCUCUCCAAGGCCGAACUGCAAUUCCUUGCAUUGCUUCCUACCCUUCGUCCUAAAGUGAAGGUCAUUGCAGAAUGUGGAAACUGGAGAAAGUUCGUGUGGAGGCCACUUAGAGAAAUAGCAGGCCUUCCAUCUGCUGAAGGAUCAACAGCGAGUGUGCAGCCAGAAUGAGGAGGUCACUGCAACUAGUAGAAACAAUGUCUCCGAUAUCCGUAGCCUCUACAAAGUUCAGACUAAUGGACGUUUUCUUUGGUUUCUAAGCAUUUCUAGAUAUUGUGUAUCGUGUUCUACGGAGUUGAUAGGACAAAGAUCUCAAUUCUCCCAAAUGAGAUUGUAAUUGUAAUUAGAAUAUGCUUUUGACCCAAAUUACAAUUGUUAAAAGCUGCGUUGACUAUGCCA